AUGGACAGCAAAUCACAUAACGAGAUGGAUAAUUCUGGGGAUGAGGGAUUAGGUAGUGGAAGCUCUAAUAAUAGUACGCCCAAGAAAUCUCUUUCCUCGUUGAAAAUAGAUGAUAUGAAGCAGUAUAACCGUGACAGGAUGAACUCUACCGUGUCUGGAUCGAAUGAUUAUGGUCAUACAGACUCGUUGGGGAUGUUGCAUGAGAUCAUCGAGCCUACUCAUUCAAAUAAUCAUGAUAGCAAUACUCCCGAUGGCUCAAACUUUAAUGUGAAAACUUUUUCACCAAGCGAUAAGGACGAUCUGUUGCUAGAUCAUAGGCCUACAUUGGAAGCAAUCAAGCUGAGUAAGAAGCCUGCGGCAACCGAACCGCCAAGCAAUCCAUUCAGAUCAAGGAAGAACUCGUCAAUCAAUCCAAGAGGCAAAGAAAUUCAUGGUGAAGGAUCAAGAAAACCUGAUCGUUUUGAUUUCUCCGAUAUGAGGAACUUCAAGAACAAUAACUUCGAAAACAUCAAGAAAUUAAAAUCAAACUACGAGAUAGAAAGAAGGAAAACAAUUGCAGAUGGCGAUGUGGUGAUAGAUGUAGAUGCUUUGAUGAGAAAUGUCAAAGCAGAUAAUUUGAACAAGAAACAUAAAGGGGAAUCUGCAUUGAGCAACAGCAGUACCAGCUCUUCGGAUAAUAAAACUUUGAAUUCAAGACCAUCAUCGAGAAGAUCCUCGCAUUCAUCUUCUCUAGAUGAUGUGUGUUUGGUUCUCGAUGCUGAAAGUGAAUUAGGUAAAAAAGAUUGGCCGGACGUUGAAAUAUUAGAAGAAUUCUCGAAAGAAGAGACUGAGAGACUGAGAAGACAAGCUAUUGAGGACGCAGAAGAAUUCCACUUUAACUACGACGAAGAAGACGAUGAUGACGAUGAGGAAUACGGUAAUUCAGGUUCAGAUGGGAUUUUCUUCUCAAAACCUAUUGUAACCAGUAUCGACGUUCCAGAAUUAGGAAACAGAAGAGUCAAUGAGGCCGAUUCUAUGAAGAGCGGUGGGUUGAGACCAAAGAGGAUCGCUCCUUGGCAUUUGAAACGUGCUGCUAUGCUUAACAAUAAUUACCUGAACAAAAGGCAUAGUAGACAAAAUCAACAAAGAACCUACUCUGGUUUAAGCUAUGUCGAGUCUAACGUUUCUCCAGAUGCUAAUGAACCAGAUGACACAGUUCCAAUUUUAUCAACAGAUACUAGAGAUUCAUUUUUAGGCGAGCACAAUAUCCAAUAUCCACCGCAUAUCAUCUCUAAUAAUUUAGAACAUUUCAGAUUCACGUAUUUCCGCGUUGAUUUAGAAUCAACAGUUCAUUCUCCUACCAUCUCAGGGUUAUUACAAGCAGGCCAGAAGUUUGAAGAUCUAUUUGUAAGUUCUUCGUAUUCGCACAAUCACGAAAGUGCCAGUCCAGACAAAAGUCUCAACGGUAACACCAAUACAUCCAUUCAAACUGGAUCUAGUAAAAUGAGCGGGGGGACUGUGUCAAACAACAAUAAAGCCAACGCAUCUUCUCAGCCUGUAUCCCAAAUAUACAAAACUACAUCGAGGUUAUCCAGCACGAUCACGGAAGACAUUACAGAAAAAGAAGAAGAUGUUGUUCCUUUUUGGUUGGAUGUCUUAAAUCCAACGGAGGAAGAAAUGAAAGUCUUAAGUAAAGCAUUUGGUAUACAUCCAUUAACUACAGAGGAUAUUUUUUUAGGGGAAGCUCGUGAGAAAGUUGAGUUAUUCAAAGACUAUUACUUGGUAUGUUUUAGAAGUUUUGAUAUUGUCGCUGAAAAAUUCACUCGUAAGAAGAAAGAGAAGCAAAGCCAAGAUUUAAACAAUGAGAAUCUGUCUGAGUUUGACGGCAUGUACAAAACCUCUAGCAAGGAGAAAACUAGUAAAUUUGACAAAUGGAUGCCAUCAUUUUUGCGUCGCCGUAGACGGUCUUCCAACUUUAAGACAGUCUCUUCGAGUUCAACAAAUUCAAGUUACAGUCAUUCGAGAAGGGAAAGAGUGAAAGAGGAACAAAAAAAAUAUAAAAGAAAAUCUGGGGAUCGUUCAAAACCUAGACACGGUGAACUUGAACCAUUGAAUGUUUAUAUCAUUGUUUUUAAAACUGGUGUGUUGACUUUUCAUUUUGCACCAACUCCUCAUCCUAUUAACGUCCGUAGAAGAGCUAGAAUUCUACAGGAUUAUCUGAACGUUACCUCCGACUGGAUUGCUUAUGCUUUAAUUGAUGAUAUUACAGAUGCUUUUGGUCCGAUGAUUGAGUUAAUCGAAGACGAAGUGUAUGCGAUUGAAGAUGCCAUAUUGAAGAUGAAUAGAUCGGACGAUUCCAGCGAUGACAGUUCAAGUAGCGAUGACUCUGACAGUAGCAGCAGUACUGAUUCUGAACAUGAUGCUCUGUUACCUAACGUAAGAUCGAAACGCAAAGGGGACUAUGAUUCAAUUCUAUUCAAUAAGAGAGAACGCAAGUUCAUGAGAAGGAAGAGUAGCAUGAGCAGGUACAGUUCUCAUAGCAGCAGCACAAGUACCAGCAGUUCUAGAUCGAUUAAGACGACGUCCACAGGCGGAUCAUCUUUGAACGCCAACAUUAUCGGGUGGAAAAGAAAAGGUGAUAUGUUAAGACGUAUAGGAGAAUGCAGAAAGCGUGUUAUGAGCAUCACUCGUUUAUUAGGGUCAAAAGCCGAUGUCAUUAAGAGUUUCUCCAAGAGAUGUAACGAACAUUGGGACGUAGCACCCCGUUCUGAAAUAGGGAUGUACUUAGGAGAUAUCCAAGAUCAUAUCAUCACCAUGGUUUCUUCGUUAACACAUUACGAAAAACUAUUGAGUAGAUCCCAUUCCAAUUACUUAGCGCAGAUUAACAUCGACAUGACAAAAGUGAACAAUGACAUGAACGACGUACUGGGCAAAAUCACAAUCCUAGGUACCGUGGUUCUACCAAUGAACGUCAUCACUGGUCUCUGGGGAAUGAACGUGCUCGUACCUGGACAAGAAAACCCAUCGUUGGUGUGGUUCAUGUCAAUUCUCACUUUACUAAUCGUGUUGGCAUAUUUCGCAUAUAUAUACACCAAGAAGAGAUUUGGUUUUUAA